AUUGAAAAUGGCGACUCUGAGCUCGUUGCACGAUACUGUACAGGGUUUAGGGUCAAGACUUCAGGCUGAAAAUGAUUCUAUGAAUAGAGAUAUUAUGACUAAUUCGUUGAACCUUGAUUUUUCUCGUGAGAGGCCAGGGUCAGAGAGAAGACCCAAGAAUUUAUCACUGGCAGAGGCAGUUAGCACCAACCGCCCCAAUACCAUCAGUGCCCGACCCAAGCCCCGACCCCCAAUCCAGCCUCUAUUGUUCCUACCUCAACCAAAGCCUCAAGAUUCUCCUGAACUUAAGGCUCAUAUGAAACAAAUCCUUCUAAAAAAUGGAAUACUUUCAAUUGAUGGAAAGAAUUACAACAGCAGCAAUGAAGACCUCAAAUACAUUGCUGAGCUUGGCAGUGGCACUUCUGGUAAUGUUGUCAAGAUGUUACAUGAACCCUCAGGCAAAUUUGUGGCUGUCAAGCAAAUGAAUCGCUCAGGCAACAUAGAAGAAACCAAGAGAGUAUUUUUUGACCUAGAAGUUGUCCUGAAAAGCCAUGACUGCCCCUACAUUGUGUGCUGUCUGGGGUGCUUUGUCUCAGACAAUCACGUGUGGAUCUGCAUGGAACUCAUGGCCACCUGUCUGGACAAGCUCCUCAAGAGGUGCAGCAAGCCCAUCCCUGAGUGCAUUCUUGGCAAAAUUAGUGUUGCGACUGUUAAAGCACUUCACUACUUGAAAGAGAGUCACGGCGUUAUUCAUAGAGAUGUGAAACCAAGCAAUAUCCUCCUAGACGAGCGCGGCAACAUCAAGCUCUGUGACUUUGGCAUCUCAGGACGCCUGGUUGACUCUAAAGCCAACACCCGCAGUGCUGGAUGUGCUGCCUACAUGGCGCCUGAGCGAAUAGAUCCGCCUGACCCGCGCAACCCGGACUACGACAUCAGGGCGGACGUGUGGAGUCUGGGCAUCACGCUGGUGGAGCUGGCGACCGGCAAGUUCCCGUACCAGGACUGCCGGACAGACUUCGAGGUGCUCACUAAAGUGCUCGACAACGACCCUCCGACGCUACCACCCGAAAUGAACUUCUCAGACGAGUUUAGGACGUUUGUCAAGGACUGUUUGGUAAAAGACUACCGGCAGCGUCCCAAGUACAAGAAGUUGCUGGAAUAUCCCUUCAUCAAGAAGUACGAGAAGGAAGACGUCGACGUCGCCUCUUGGUUUGCCGAGGUGUGGGCGGCGUCAGCACCGAGCGAGACGCCCAACAGCGGCGGCAGCAGCUGUGGCAGCAGCCGAGUACGUGGCUCUCCCAUCCGCAGCUGCCGCGUCUCUCCUCGCUACCAGCUCUGCAGCCAGUCCCCUUCUCCUCAGAGCCAAACUGACGCCACCAAAUCAAGCUCACCCACAACAACCACCACCACAGUCACAGUCACCACUCGGCCUGCUUUGCCUCGCCGAAGUGCAACACCAGAUAACCACACCAUCAGAAUACCUGUCCAUCACGCCAGUCCCGCAAACGGUGCCCCGCCUACCACGACAAGUGAGAGCAGCAGCAGCAGCAGCGGCGGCGGCGGCGGCCUGUUCCUGCCGCUGCUGUCCAGCAGUAGCGGCAGUAGCUUCUCUCAUCAGCCCAAAGCUGAGCCGGUGACGCGCAAGGUAGUCGGCUGCUCUGCAGGAACAUCUCCUGUGCACUCUCCUUCCUCACCCUCAUACCCACACCAUCACACCCACCUCCAUCACCAGCACUCUUUAUCAUCACCCACAUACGGUACUCAAAGAGGGAGCCAGAACUCAUACCCUCAGCGUCAUCAGGCGACUCUCGGCCAGACGGUCAUGACGGGAGGGGCUCCUGGCGUGAGCUCCUCGCCCCACGGACCACCACUGCCUCCACCACGCUCCACCCCGGCCUCCUCCCUCUCACCACUGCCGCCUCCUCGCUCUUCUGCACCGACUUCUUCUCAUUCUUCUUCACCACAACCUCCUCUACGGGCAACAUUGCACGUUUCAUCCACAUUGCCUGGGGGUACCCCACUUCCACCACCCAGAUCUUCCAUCACUAGUACCUCUUCCCCUCUUCCACCUCCCCGUUCAUCCGCGUCUCACUCGCCCUUGGUGACAUCGCACUUGCGUAGCACACCCACUUCCUCCUGCUGGGGCCCCUCAACCACCCCAUCCUCCGUCAAUGACGUUGCUGCGCCCAACAGGUCCCCGUCCUUCACAAGCUCCCAUGAUCAUGGCGGCAAGUCUUACGAUCCAGUCACCAGAUCUUAUGAUCCCAUCACCAGAUCAUACGACACCAAGAACAGAUCUUAUGAUCCAAAUAGCAAAUCUUACGAUCCCAAUAACAGAUCUCAUGAUCUCAAUAGUAGAUCAUAUGAUUCCAGUGCCAGAUCUAAUGAUCUAAGUAGCAGAGCUUACGAUCCUAGCAGCAAAUCUUUCGAUCCCAGCGGCAGAGCUUACGAUCCCAGCAGCAGGAGCAUAAUGAAUAGACAAUCCCCAACUCACUCGAGACCUGGCCCAGCUUUGGCAUCGAUGUUAGGCCGCAACCAUCACGGUGAUACUAGAGAACUUUAUGCAGGAGAUAGAGAACUUAGUUCUGGUGUUAGAGAACUGAGUGUUGGUCCCAAUUAUUCUGAGUGUUCAAGAGAUAACACGACCCCUGUUAGCACAAGUUACAAUAGCACGUCUAGUUAUAGUAACAUACCUUACCAGAACCCAUAUAUGCCUUCUCGUAACUACUGUGCCACUUCUAAGGGUAAGCAGUACAAAGGUAGCAAGACCAGCCCUGUCGGUGGUCUCGGACAAAGUAAUGGUAGUAACUUUUCUUAUGGUGUUGACACCUUUAGCGAUAACAGCUUCACAAAUCCUUUGAUGCUUAGCGUAGGACACAUCAGUAGUCACCAUAAAUAUGGUAGUAGUCACAAUCGUGUAGGAGACAAUGGUGGUGGUGGUGGUGGAGGCGGCAGGUGUUACACCGGCACUGGUGGAUCUGGUGGUGGUGGUGGUGGUGGUGGUGGUAGUAGCGGUGGCACCAUGUCAGCUUCAUCUUCCACUACCUCUUCAUCUUCUGCUUCCUUUACGCCUCCUCCUCUUCGUAAGACGCCAGAGCCUGUAAGGUUCAAUCCUGAACCGUGGGCCCCGCGAGGGCGGUUCGCACAACCCGCUUCCCACUUCCGCUCCUUGUCCUCCGACCUCUCGUACUCUGGCGCCCCUCUUUACUCCUCGUACUCCUCGUCUGGCCCCACCUCCUUACCUUCCUACGCCUCUCCUAACCCCACGUCUUCCCCCAUCCUCUCCUCCCUGACUCACACUAGCAACGCCCCUUCGUCGUCAUACUACUCCUACACCUCUCGAGGGGCGCUCUCCUCCAGGUACCCCCCGAGCUACUACCCUCCCCACGCGUCCCCCCUCGUUUCACGGAGGCUUGUCGACACGCGGGCUGCGGGGGCAGCGGCAGGAGCGGCUGCUGCCGCCCAGGCGACGACGAAGCUCUCAGCUAGGACGAGCAGGAGCGCUAGCCGCAGUCGGACGGACUCUUCGGUGUCGCCCCCUCCUCCGUCUGCGGCAGCCAGCGCCACGCUCUCUUCACCGCAUUACAGGUACAGCCAGGAGGCCCUCUACAAAAGCCGCCCCUACUACACUCCCGAGCCGCAGCGGCGCAGCUUCUUGCGGGGGCAGCAGCAGUGACCCGCCGCCUGUGCAGCUGCCGCUGCUCAGCCCCCGAGUAUUGCCGAAGUUCCUACUCCUUGCUCGCCAUCCACCACCAGAUCUUCCUUUAGCUUCUCCUCCAGCUCUUCAUCUACGCCCAAGUACUCUUCCUUCUCUCCGCGCUCCACUUACUUCAAGUUGUCACCUCUCCCCUUCUCCUCAAGUCCGUUGAAGU